AUGGAUCAGACAUCUGUCGUCCCUGGUCCCGCCACGGACCAGCAAGCAUCGGAUGCUGUCGCCAAUCCGAUCCCCUCUUCUCUGAAGCGGCCGCCCGAUUACGCCGAAGAACUCAAGGGCUUGACAUCGGAUGGUGAAGAAGAUGACCAGGAUGCCAAAUCAAGCCCAUCGUCCAAGAAACGAAAGACAGAACACGAUGGCAGCGGUAGCGAAUCAGAAGGUUUGGACGACGGCGAGAUAGUAGAGUCGGAUCUACCUGAGAAUCCUGUCGAGCCGCAUGCUCGUCCUCAGCCGCAAACGCACGACAGUGUUAUGCACGAGGCACCGCAAGAAGUCUCAGAAGAUGGCGAAAUUGACAGUGCCGUGCUAGAUCCUGAGGCAUCGGGAGAAACUAGGAACACUGAAGCACUUGGUGAGACUGGAGAGCCCAGAGAUCUAGAGGCACCGAAGGAGCUUGGAGACCCUGCGCCUGAGGAGCUUCAGGAGCCCCAGGGAUCUGCGGCGUCAAUUCAGAAAGAUGCCAAGGACCAAAAACCCGCGCCGCAUGGUGGUUUUAAUCGUGGCAUCGGUCUGGGGUCGCGCACUUCAUUUGGAAAAGGACCUGCUACGCUAUUGCCGGAUAAACCCCCGGUAAUGAUCACGAAAGCUUCUACGCUACAUUCCUCUGCGUCUUCCGACAACGAAGACCACGCAAAAGAGACAACCCAGGACUCCAGCGACAACCAAGGCGAAAGUAGCACUCUCAGUCAAGAGACGAAGAAGAAGAAAUCCCGCAAAGAUCCGAAACGGUCCCACGAGCCCAUUUCGACCUUCGAUGCCAGCAAGAAAACCUGGAACUUUCCCACCGCGACUUCUCUGAGAGUUGACACAAGUACUAAUGGUGCCGCCAGCGAGGCUGCUUUCUGGGUCGGGAGGGUUCAACCCUGGAUCACGUUGCUGCUUCAGGCCAACUUUGACGAUAGCGAUCGUGUAACCGACAAAGUUGUGCGCACGGGAUGGGAACUCUACAUCACCCGUAAGAUGGGUCUCUUGCAAGGAACCAAGAAGCAAAUUGCCAGUGCCAGGAUAGCUGCUCAAGAGGUCAUGGCCUCGUUGAACAAGCGCGAUGUCGAGCGCAUCAUAUCGGGAGCACGAAGUCAACUCAAGGCAUCAUAUGAACCUCAGGAACCGGAGGCAGAGGACCAAGCCAUGGCUAACGGAGAUGGACACGAUGUUACUCUUGGGCCAAAUGAUGAGGAGGAACUGCGGCAACAGCAGAAAUACUUCCCCAGCGCGGACGACCCUUCACAAUACUGCAUAUCCUGCUCUGGGAUCGGUCAUCGCGCGCUGGAGUGCCCCCAACAGAGUUGCCGGUUCUGUGGCAGCAAGAGCCACAAUUCUUUCGGCUGCCCGACACGACGGAGAUGCACAAAGUGCCGUCAGGUCGGUCAUGGCAUUGAGACCUGCGAGGAAAAGCUCGCCCUGGCUCAUGACGAGCGAGGCGGGUGUGCCUUCUGCUCUGCAUCUCAUCCGGACAGUCUCUGCCCCGAGAUAUGGAGAAGCUAUACUCCAUCAGAGCAAGAAAGGAAGAAAGUCAAGAACAUCCCGGCGUUCUGCUACACCUGCGGCGGCCAGAACCACUACGGACCAGAGUGUGCGCUGCCAGGCAGAGGCGACGACGUGUCGGGUCCAACGACCUGGUCCCAGGCGAACCGUGAUCUCUACGUCGAUCCGGCGAGCACCGCAGUGGCCAUGGCCUGGACCGACGUCGACCCGAACGCACUGUUGAACGGCGGCUCCUCGGCGCCCCCCGAUUUCCACAUCCGCGGACGCGCGACGCGCAAGACGCACACGUACUACAUCUCCAGCGACGACUCGGACGAGGACCUGAUCCACGCGCCCAUCCACAAGCCCAAGGCGCGCGGCGAGAUCCGGAUAGCGAGCAACAUCGGCGGUGGUGCGCCCCGCGGUCGCAAUGGCAACGGCAAUGGCAACGGUGCGCGACGCGGCCGCGCCAGCGACCAGAGCCGCCGACGCCAGAACGAGCGCGAUUUCUCCCCGCCGCCGGCGCCGCCGCGCGAUCUCGGUCGGUCCUCGUACGGGCAGGCGAACGGUGCGUCAUCGUCGUCAUCAUUGUGGAGGCCGCCCUUGCCCCCUGGUCCCCCUCCGCCGCUCAGAAACGGCAGCAGCGGCAGCGGCUUCCAGCGACCAUUGACGUCUGCGCCGCCGGGGUCGCUGCCUCCGCGCCCACAGUCCUUCGGUGCUGGUGGUGGCCCUGCCUCGGGCAGUAGGGGCGGCCGGGGCGGUCGGGGUGGGUUUCGGGGGGGACGUGGACGUGGGCGGGGAAGAGGCAAGUAA